AUGGAUAUUUUCCAUGAAGAAUUUAAGGAAGAUUUUGGAUUUAAUGUAAAGACUUGUGGAAAUGAUUCAGUUCUCUUACUAUACACCCCUAGGACGUCAGUGGAAUUUGCCCAGAAGCUACAAACCAGUCAAGGAGAUGUUCCAUUGUCAUCGAGAGGGGAGAGCAAUACUUCUGGAGGGACAGGAAUUGACCAGAUGUUUGGCUUGGAUAGUCACAGUAAUGGAAAGAGCAGCCCUGUGAUCGAGAAACACUCCCCAUCCAGCUCUAUCAGCCAAGCAAACAGCUCCUCCAGCAAGAGACCGGAACCUGCUCCUGUACGUCCGUCCCAGGUCUCCCUGAGCCUGGAGGAGAAACAGCGUCUUCAGAAGGAGCAGGAGUUCCAACAGAGAUUGAAGAAUCAGAAGGCGAUCCAGCCUGAAGAUGCCGUGAAGCAACCGUCAAGGUCUACUGCCAAGGAUCUGACGGGGUCACUGAUGGAUUCCAGGAGUAAGGGUCAAGGCCAGGCUGCGGGAGUGGAGAGUGUGGGUAUGGGCACCAGGACAGGUGGAAGUGGCAAUACUGGUUUUCUCUCAAGCGGGAUUAGCAGCAUGAACAGUUCACCUUACUCACCAUCGGGUACUAUGUCUGCAGGGAGUGUCGUUGGGACAGGGGGAAUGGGCCUUUCAAAUUCUUCCUUGCUCUCGCAGCCGGUCGGUAACGUGCCACAGAGGGUUCCUCAAAUGGGCCAACCGUCUCAAACGAAAAAGAACAUUGACAUGUCAGCGUUCGAUUCCCUCCUUGCGCCGUCCCAGUCGCAGAAGUCCAAUAGGACGCUCAAUCAAAUGUCUAUGUCGAAUUCCGCACACCCCGCUAACCCUCCAAUGGGGCAGAACUCUUUCCAGAGACCUCAAGUUGGCAUGGCCCAGGCGACAUUUGGUCAGGGGUCGCAGGGAGGCAUGGGUCAGGGGUCAUUCGGAAAUAUGAAUCAUCAAGGACAGGGUGCCUUCGGACAGCAAGGCAUGAUGGGAAAUUACGGCCGAGGUUCUACGGGCACAGGUCAGAGGUCGUUGCCGAGGUCAAACGUGCAUCAACAAGGAACGGGAAUGGCUGCAAGAUUUGAUCCGUUUGCCAGCACCGGUGCAACGAGUCAACAGAAGCAGAAGGCUGUUGGUGGGGACAACCUACUUGAUUUCCUAGGAUAGCUGCAGUACCGUAAGGGCACUAGUAUUCAACCCGGCAUAAUUCAAAGAUUUUGACAUAUUCCCCAAAAUACUUAGAAAUAUGGAAUCUAUCUUGAUUUCAUACCUUUGUUAUUUCCAGGGUAAUCUGUUGUCGGUAUUUUCUUUUUUCAAUCUGUCGACUAUGCGCGGA